ACAGCCAGGUGUCAGCGCACACACACCCACUUACACGGAGAGCACAGCUGCCCGUCACUGGCUGCAGUGUGAGCCGGUGUGUGGGGACCAGGUGAGUCAGCCAGGCCUUGAGCCGCCAAGAUCCCCGUGCCAGGGUCUGGACCCUGGUCCCGUGCAGUGAGGCCUGGCCACCACCCCAGAUGGCACAUUCCUCGGGUCCUCCCUUUGCUUCUGGGCAUUGACUGGUCCACUGAGGAGCUCAAGUGAUCUCAGAGCUUGGAUAUUCCCAGGAGCCCUCAGGAGGGUGUUCUCAGAGCAGAUGGACAGAGGACACUUCCUGGAGGCAGCAUGUGACCCUGAGUCAUGAUCCCCUUGAGAACCAGAACCCCUGUCAUGCACCGGCUGGGCCUGGCCCACACAGUAGCUCCCCACAUUGAGCCCCCAGCCCUCUGAAUUUCCACCCACUCUGGGUCCCUGCCUGCCCGAGCUCCCCCUCCCAUGGCCAGCCAGCACACCUCCGUGCACGAGCUGGUCUCUGGUGGGCUUCCCACUAUCAGAGCAGUGGCGACAUGGCUGUAAGGGCCCCGACCCCAGCCCCCACAUCCUCUAGGGCCCCUGCCUUAGCCCCAGGCCUUUGCAUAGGCUGGCUGGGGUCUCCGAGGGUCCCACACUGGUUGAAAUCAUUACCCCUUUCCCCAGGAGGAUUUCCAGACCCCCUGGCUAUGUUGGGGGCUUCCUUGUGCUCCAGCGUCCCUGCCCCGCAUGUGUAACUGAGGGUGUCCCCAGCGGACACUCACCCAAAACAACUCCUAUGGCCGGUCUGAUCCCUGACUUGUCCUCGCCCCGACUCUACCCCUUGGGGGUGCCCAGCCCUGACCUCUCGCCCCACUCCCUGGACCCAGAGCAGGAAUCUCCCUCGUGUGUGUGGACAUUGGGGUGGCACACACAUGUAAGUGGGCAGUGUGGAUGAGGUGGGGGCUGACAAGCUAGGCUGAGAUUGGGGGUGGGGGGCUCCUCGGAGAGGCCCUUCUGGGAGCCCCACCUAGGAGCUCAGGUGCCACCAGGGCCUUAAACGGCGGUAGUGAGUGGAUCUGUUUCUGGACCAGUGGCUCCAGCAUCCCAGGACCUGCUGCCAGGGGGGAGGUUUUACCCAGGCACCCGGCACCCCCAGACCCGCCCAGGCCAUGGAGGCCUACACCAACCCCCAGCCUCACCCCAGACUCCGAUCCCUCACCUCUGACUUCCUGCCCUCCACUGCCCAGCCUGCCAGGGUGAGGACAGGAGGCCAGCCAAUCCCGGAGGCCCCAGGCCACGCCCCUGGCCUGCAUGACCUCGAGCAUAUAAAUAUACCUGCCAGGAGUCCACACCCAGAGAACUCACACCUGCUCAGACAGUGCUCUGCAUCUGGAAGAGCGCACACACUCCCCUGAGCCCCACCUGCCUGGGACAAGAGAAGACGGCAUACUUGUCAGACCAGUGCCACCAAGAUAGCUGCUGGCAGCCUCUGCCGAAGGGGGACGACUGCCAGGUGGAGCACAGCCCGCCCAGCCCGGGGCAGAGGGAGCAAGCACUGCUGGGGAGAGAGCUCAGGGCCUGGCCGUGACCCAGCCAAGAGGAUCAUGCCCAGGCCUCGCUGAAUCCCGCCCACCAGCUCAGAGGCAUGUCGUCAGGCCAGCAGGUGUGGCAUACAGCCAUACUGGCCCCCGCUCGGACCAGCCCUACAGCCACAGUCCCCGGGUCCCCCAGCUCAGCUAGCAGCCCCAGGUCCCCCAGCACCCCAAGCUCAGAGAAGGUGGCCUCCCCACUGGAAUGCUCCAUCUGCUUCUCGGGCUAUGACAACAUCUUCAAGACGCCCAAGGAGCUCUCCUGCACACACGUCUUCUGCCUGGAGUGCCUGGCACGGCUGGCGGCUGCCCAGCCAACAGGCCGGCCUGGCAGCGAGGCUGUGCCCUGCCCGUUCUGCCGCCAGCCUACGGCUGUGCCUGCUGCUGGGGCCCCCGCACUGCGCACCAGCCGCCAGCUGCAGGCCAGGCUGCCAGCGCACCUGCGGCAGGAAGAGCCCGUGUGGCUGGAGGGCACUAAGCUGUGCUGCCGUCCACCGCCCUCCCUACCGGGCCUCACCGAGCCCGGCUUCGUGUGUGUGGAUGUGGGCCUGAGCAAGCCCGCCGAGCCCACCGCACCCCUGCCCACGCCAGGCCCCGCCCGCCCCCAGGGCCGCCUGGCCCGCUGCUGGGCCCGCUGCGGGGACUGGAGACGUGUGGCGCUGGUCACCUCCCUGCUGCUGGUGCUCUUCUGUGUGGUGCUCUGGCCCGUGCAGUGCGCUCUCAAGACUGGGAACUUGCGCUGCCUUCCCCAGCCCUCCACUGCCACCACCACCGCCACUGUUUUCUCUCCUGGGCCCCUGGCUGACAACUAGGGUCGGCCACCCCUGCCCCAGCUCUCCGUGUGGGCCCCUGGGCCUCAGCUGGGUCAUAGGUGCAGCAGCUGUUGGGAGCUGGUCCCCUAGAGGAGCCCCAACAUCUCUGAGGACCCCAUUUCCCAUUCAGCUCACCUUCCUCGCACUCUGUGGAGCCAGGUCCUGAUGGCAAGAAUAAAAGGGUCCCUGAAGCCUCCAAGAAUCACAGGCUCCCACGGGGUCCCAGAGCCCAGCUUCCUCAUUCCCAUGAUGCAGAUGGAGACACAGGCCCAGGAGAGACAGACUUGGCCAGGCCCUCUCCCCACACACUGUGAACCGCCUGCAAUGGCGGCCCUUUGCCGAGAAGGGAAAGGACUCACUAUCUUUAUUUUAUCUUCACAUUUCACCCACAGCCCCCUCCCCAGGCAGGGCUGGCCC